AUGUUACCGUCCAUUGGUCGGGCAAUCAACUCUGCUGUCGCCGGACUCAGUACUACUGUCCUUGAGCCUACCACCGGUAUUUGCUCUUCGUCAUUGCCUAGAAACCUCAUUGAAACCAGUGAUUCUGUUUCUUUUGGCUCAUUAUUUGUACCAGAUUCCAAAGCGGCAGGGCAUCAUGCCAAUUCAAUGGGCAGCGGUGUCUCAACGAGUCCCAAGGACACAAAUUCCGCCACCAAAUCAAGAACUCCAUCUGAAUGUGGUAAUAAUAGGCAGCUUCUGAAGCCUGGAUGGUCAACAGUGGUUGAAGCACGUCUUGUUGCAGCCCUGGUGCUUCUCCGGAUCACGGUUACCUAUCUUCCAGAUCGAUAUCUGAUGCAUUUGUUGCAGGUUACCCAAAUAAAUUCAUCCUUUUUCAUUUUAAUCUUAUGUAUCACAGUCUUGCAUUCAUAUUAUAGCCUUUUAAAUUUUUUUCUUAUUCUUCUCGAAGACCUUGUCUCUCCAAACUCACUACAUAAGUGA